AUGGAUAUCACUAUCGACGAGAACGAGCCUGAAGAUUCGGUAGAUCGGUAUGCCAUGGACACCUACGUGUCGGGUGAAGAACAACUCUUCAUACCCCCACACUGGCAUAAGAAUCACGCCGAAUACUUGACGGUCCUUGAGGGCAGGAUGGAGGUUUCUCUAGAUGGCCAGAAGGUGAUCGUGGAAGCCGGGGAUCCUCCAGUCCUGGUGGCGCGCCGGGUUGUACACAGCAUCAAAAGCUUCGAGGGGGAGAGGCUCGUGUUCCGGGAGAGGCCAGAUCCUGCCGGUCUCUACAAAGCCCUGUAA